AACACAACACCUUAUCAACUACAAAGAGGCGUGCUUUACGCUCCCCCCUUUAUAAUUCCCAUACAUACACAUUUUUAAACAAACACAACCAAAACUCACAACAUAUUUUUUCACUCUCUUUCUUCGUUUUCCAGGACAUCCUGUAACUAAAACUAACAACCAUCUUCUUUCAGACAGCUUUAGAAACACAAAAUUUUAUCAUUUCAUCAAUUCGAACUAUUUACGACGUCGUUUCAAGGAGAGAGAAAAACACAUCAAUUUUUUUAAUCAUGGAGUUGGAAUGGCCCGCUUGUUUGAAUGAAUUUGAGAAGCUUAUCUUACGCAUGGAUACUCCAAGGGUUGCAAUUGACAAUGCUGUUUGCCCUAAUUCCACACUUGUCAAGGUUGAUAGUGCUAGAAAACAUGGGAUUCUUCUGGAAGCAGUUCAAGUGAUCACAGAUCUUAACCUUUCUAUUAAAAAAGCUUACAUUUCCUCCGAUGGUAGAUGGUUUAUGGAUGUUUUUCAUGUAACCGAUCUUAAUGGGAACAAAUUGAAAGAUGAAAGCGUUAUUAGCUACAUGGAACAGUCACUUGGUAGCAUACAUUUUACAAGAUCAUGUGAGUAUAAAGGAGUUACAGCUUUGGAAUUAAGAGGGACAGAUAGAAUAGGGUUGUUGUCUGAGGUGUUUGCAGUAUUAGCUGACUUGAAUUGUACUGUGGUUGAUGCAAAAGUAUGGACUAAUAAUGGUAGAAUUGCAUCCCUUAUAUAUGUUAAAGAUUGUGAUUCCGGGUGUGAAAUAGAGGAUUCUCAGAGGAUAAGGAGAAUCGAGGCGAGAUUAAGGCCGGUUCUUAAGGGGGAUAAUGAUAUUAGGAGUGCCAAAAGUAUUGUUUCGAUGGCGGUUACUCAUACUGAGCGAAGGCUUCAUCAAAUGAUGUUUGAUGAUCGCGAUUAUGAGAGAACUACAUCGACUAGCUCUGUGAAAUAUGAUUUCCCUGAUGUUAAUGUUCAGAAUUGGAUUGAGAGAGGGUACUCGGUUGUGAAUAUUCAGUGUAAGGAUCGGCCUAAGCUCUUGUUCGAUGUGGUUUGUACCUUGACGGAUAUGGAGUAUGUUGUUUUCCAUGCUACCAUCAACACUCAAGGGAGCAGAGCUUAUCUGGAAUUUUACAUUAGGCAUACAGAUGGAACUCCAAUCAGUUCCGAUGCUGAAAGGCAACGCGUAGUUCAGUGUUUACAGGCUUCCAUUCAAAGAAGAGCAUCUCAGGGUGUGAGGCUAGAACUAUACACCGAGGAUCGUUCAUGUCUACUAGCAGAUGUAACCCGAACAUUCCGGGAGAACUGCCUAAACGUGGCGAGGGCAGAAAUCUCCACAACAAAGGAUAUGGCUCUAAACAUAUUCUAUGUCACGGAUGCAGAGGGAUACACUCCUGAUUCAAAAACAAUUGAUGCAGUUAGGGAGAAAAUCGGGUUGAGUAAUUUGAAGGUCAAGGAGCUACCUAUGAUCUAUCAUCAAAACGCCGAAAGGGAUGAAGCCGGAGCUGGAGUUGGCGGGGCGAUGUUGCUAUCACUUGGGAGCUUAGUAAGGAAGAAUCUAAUCAAUUUGGGGCUGAUCAGAUCAUAUUCUUAAAGGGAACGCAAAGGCAUAAAUUUGUUGUAUGGCCACCCUUAGGCUUUGGCAUAAUACCUUGCUUCUUGGUUGGGUUAUUUGGUCCCUACUUUGUACAUAAAGAUGGAAAUUAAUUAGUUUUAGUAUAAUAGUAAUAGUAUUAGUAGUACUACAUAGAUCUAGGGAAGAUUUGGUUAGUAGUAGUUGUUAUGUUAUUAGUUGGGGUAUAGUUGGCAAAAGGUAAGGAAUGUGGAAGCAUGUUUCUUGGGGACCCACUGGACCAUUUCAAAAGGGUGUUGUGUUGAAACAAGAAUUUUGAAAGAGGGAAAAAAAAACUUGGAAUUUGGAAAAUUAUAAGGGGUAAAAUUAGGUUUUGGAGGGACAAAUUGAUAUUUCAAACAUCAUAUCUUUUGUACAUAAUGCUUUGUUUAGUAAAAUUGGUUGACUAGUUUGAGUCCGACAUAUUGACUUGAACGUUCUUA